UUAGAGAUUAGGUGCACUUUAUGUGCGAUUGUGUAAGGACUAGAGUAUCAAGUAUGUGGAUAAGGCAGAUGGAGGAUUAAAGAAAAGGCGCGACAAACCAACACCAACACCAACACCAACACCUAAUAAUGGCUGGUGUUGCUGCUGCUACUACUACUACCGGCAACAUCUUUAAUCCGCCAUUGUUAUCUCGUCUCAAGCUCAAACCAACUACUUCUCUUCUUCCUCUAUCUUCCUUUCAUUCUAACAAUCUCUUUGGCCUUCGCCUAUCCAUUUCUUCCUUUAAUUUUCAUUCUUUUCCUCUUUCUCAAUAUCGUCUUUUCGUCGCUGCACGCUUUUCCAGAAAUAAAUCCGACGAUGAUGAUGCUCUUGACUUAUCUUCCGUCAGGUCGGAUAAAGUCAGGCUAAUCGACGAGCAGCAAAAUAUGGUUGGACUUGUAUCCAAAAGUGACGCUAUUCGAAGAGCUGAGGAUUUAGAGCUUGAUUUGGUGGUGGUUUCACCUGAUGCAGAUCCUCCUGUUGUCAGAAUAAUGAACUAUGAUAAAUAUAGAUAUGAACAGCAGAAGAAGAAAAGGGAACAGCAAAAGAAAAGUGCCGCAAGUCGUAUGGACUUAAAAGAACUCAAGAUGGGGUACAACAUUGAUGUCCAUGAUUAUUCUGUGCGCCUUAGAGCUGCACAGAAGUUCCUAAAAGAUGGUGAUAAAGUGAAGGUUAUAGUAAAUUUGAAAGGACGUGGGAAUACCUUUCUAGAGAAGGCAGUUGAGCUCAUCAGAAAGUUCCAAAACGACCUUGGUGAGCUUGCAACAGAGGAGCACAACAAUUUUGCUCGUCGGAAGAGAGAUGAGAUAACCGAGAGAUUUAUAUUUAUGAUUCUUGUACCAAACAAAAAUGUUGUGCAAAAGGCCCCGGAAGCACCAAAGAAGCGCAGUUCAGCUGCUCCCAAUGAAGUCUCAGCUGGUGUGUGAUCCCGGGAAAUUACAAUUCGUAGGAGACAAAUUGGAGGCUGGUAAUGGCUGUUGUUUCCAGGUUUGAUAGCAAUUGACAGCUUAUGUAUAGCGUUAAUGAUAUCGAGUUUGUUGAAAUAACCUUCAAAUUGCUGUUAGGAAUACAUUCUUGUUAAGUUUUCAUGAAAAUAUAUUUUCUUUACUUUCAGAAGGAGAAAAUAUCAAAAAGGCAACCAAUAUGAAAGUUAUGAAAUCCUUUUCAAUGGCUAUUAGGCAUAUGAAAAUUUUGAUGUAGAUUCUAUUUCAACUUUCAAGUACACAAGAAGCUGAGUUUUGAUGGAUUAAACGAUACGCAAGUCUAUGUUCAAGCUUAAGGUAGUACAUUCGAAGUUGUAAUUUUAAACACGACUUUUACUUAUCUCGCUUUUGUUUUCUUGAUCAAUGAAACACAAGAUGUUUCGUGCAAAUUUGUAUGAUACGUUAAUGUUUAUCCUUUUGGUAUAUUUAUGUAAAAUUUCAGAUGAUAUUUGCUA